CAAGAGUGGUCAAUUUGUUGUUUACUUAAUGCAAUAUUUUGAAGAAAAAGUGUGGUAAGUUUUGUACUUCAUGCUACAUGCUUCGCAUCAUUCAGAAAAUAUGUGCAAAUGUGCUCCUUCACCAUUAAACCAUAUGAACUUGGAAUUGCUUUCCUCCUGGGUUUGCAAGAAGUGGUUUGAGUCCUCCAUAUCUGUCUUGACAAGCAAUUAUGUUGUUUCAUACAGACAAUAUUUCCAGAACCAAUUACCUUACGCCUCUGACCUCUCUAUCUAUCUAUCCUCCACUUGGAUCCUACUCUUUGAAUUAGGCCUGCAUAUUGAAGUUGACAGAAUACUGGAGAUCGCUUGUGUGAUAACAGAUGGCAAUUUGGCCAAAUCGAUUGAGGGUCCUGAUUUAGUUAUCCAUCAAACGAAGGACUGUCUCGAUAAAAUGGGACAAUGGUGUCAAAGUCAUCAUGCAGCUAGUGGUUUGACAGAAAAGGUGCUCCAAAGUACAAUCAGUGAACAAGAAGCUGAAAAGCAGGUUGUAGAAUUUGUAAGGAGAAAUGUAGGCGCACAUACACCUCUUCUUGCAGGAAAUUCAGUCUAUGUUGAUCUUCUAUUUCUGAAGAAGUAUAUGCCAGAUUUGGCUAGUCUUUUUUCUCAUGUGCUUGUUGACGUCAGCAGUAUUAAGGCUCUAUGCAUCCGUUGGUACCCAAGAGACAAUAAAAAGGCUCGUCAGAAGGAAAACAAGCACAGAGCGAUGGAUGACAUCAAGGAAAGCAUAGCAGAGCUUAAAUACUACAAGGAGAACAUAUUCAAAGCAAAGUCUAAGAAGUGA